AUGUACAUAACAAGUAAUUUUGAUCGUCUUCCAAAUGAAAUUUAUUUCUUAAUAUUUGAUUAUUUAAAUUCAAUUGAUAUUCUUUAUUCAUUUUCAAAUGUAAAUCGUCGAUUAAAUUCACUUUUAAAAACGUAUUCAUAUACGAAAUGGAAAUUUAUUGAUUUAACUAAAUUAACUCCACAUGUCUUCAAAUAUUAUUGUUUACAAAAACGUUUAAUAAAUGAAAUUUGUUCAAUAAAAUUAACUGAUGAACAAUUUGAUUUAAUUCAAUUUUCAUCAACUAAUCAAGUUCGUCAAUUAAAUGUUUUACUUGAAACUAAUUAUCAUCUUUAUUCCAAUGAACAAUUUAUUUUAAAAAAUUUAAAAAAAUUAAUUAUUGAACAAAAUGCGUUAACAUGGCAAAAACCAUUGAUGAUUGCGGAAAAAUUAACAGAAGUUCUUAUUCAUCUUAAAACACAUGCAGAUUUAAUUGAAUUAUUAAAUUGUUUACCCAUUGUUGAAAAAGUUCAUGCAACAAUUAAUUAUGAAGUAACAAGUUCAAAUGAAAGUAAUUCAUUAAAUUUGAUAUCAUGUUCAAAUAAAUUAAUUGAUUUUUCUUAUCUAAUUCAUUCUCAUCGUGGUCUUGUUUAUUUUGUAACAGAUUAUGAUUUAAUUGAAUUAUUAAUAAAACAAAUGAAAUCUUUAAUAAAUCUUCGUCUUUAUAUAAUUGGUUGUUUAAAUACAAUAAUUGAUGGAUCACGUUUAGAAAAUAAUAUUUUUAAUUCUUUACCAAAAUUAAAACAAUUUCAUUUUUUUCUUCAAUCUUAUGGUGGAAAACGAAUGAAAUCAAUGGAUGAAUAUAAAAAAUUUCAAUGGAAUUUUGCUUCAUAUACAAAUGAUUUAACAGAUAUGCAUUUUUUAUUUACUUUACCAUAUCAAUUUCAACGUCUUGAUGAAUGUCUCAAUGAACAUUUUAUUAAUUCGAUUCAAACUACUUUUCAAAAAUCAAAAGAUAAAAAUGUAAAUGAUAAAUUAUUUGGAAUGAAUAAUAUAAAACAUGUUGAUUUAUCAUGUAAUUUAACAUUAAAUUUGUUAAAUGAAUUAAAAGAAUCAUUUCAAUCAUUAGAAUCAAUAAGAUUUUCUUCGUCAACAGCCGAAUAUCUUUCACCUCCAUCAUUAUAUCGUCAAUCACGUUAUUAUUUAAAUUCAAUUCGUAAUCUUACAUUUGAUCAUACUUGUAAAAAUCAAUCUGCAUUUGUUCGUCUUUUACCAAAUUUAAAUAAAUUAAUUUUAAAUCAAAAUUUAUUAAAUAUAUUAUUAGAUGAAACUGGUUCAGGUUAUGUGUGUCGAGUAACUCAUCUAGAAAUUUAUUCAUUUCAAAGACAUUAUCUGGAAAAUAUUACUGAUUCUUUUCCAAAUAUUCGUUAUUUAAAAUUAAAAACUUUAUUAACAGAUGAUGAAGGACCAAUUCGAUCAUAUAUUGAUUGUCGUUGUCAUCAUAAACAUCGUCCAGUAUCGAUUGUUGAUGUUUUAGAUGAAUUAUUAAAAGGAAAAUUACGUCGAUUAAAACAAAUUGAAAUUGGUUGUUAUUUUGAAAGAGAUGAAAUUAAUAUUGAACCAAUCUUAUCAAGAAUUAUUAGAAAACAUCUUAAUGAAACUCAUCAAUUUCAUAUCAAAUGUGAAAACUAUAAAUCAACUCGAUGUGGAACUGGAACAAUUUUAUUUUUCUAA